GGUAAACCUGUUAGAGUCUAUCAUGUCUUUAUUGAAAGUAGAUUUACAGCUGGCUAGAGGGAGAAGGAGAGAAACAGACGGCGACGUGCGUGAACAAAAUACAAAACGUCAAACAGUAAAAAGUUUCUAGAUCACUUAAUCGGUAGUACUUACAAGUUCUUUAACGGCAAUUUUAAUUUGUAUAAUUUUUGUAUAAUUAACAAUCAACGGAACGUACAAUGCUGACAGGAGUGAUCGACGGUACUCAGUUGUGUUGUGAGGAUGAUAACUUUACUAUUGAACGUACACCUAUCGAGGACGACAUUGCUCGAAGCCAAGUGAUGUCUUUGAUGUGGACGUCUUACGGUAUCAUAGUUCCGAUGAUAUUAACCAUUGGCAUUUUCGGCAAUGCGGCGAUCUUUGUUGUGCUAUCUGGCCCAGUGUUUCGCGGUAUCGCAUACCUGUAUCUCAGUGGACUUGCGCUGGCGCAUAUCGGUGUUAUUCUGUCUUGGAUAACAAUCACGUUAAGAUUGGGUUAUGGCAUGAGCAAUAAUUACCCAUCAGCUUUCUACCAUGCUCAUCUUGAACUUGUUAUUCUCAACGCCUUCUCGGCCGCUAGUGUUUUCAUUAUGGUCUGCUUAAUUGUAGAUCGAUACAUUUUUUUAUUCUUUCCGACACGUAUUCGCACCGGAAACACACGCAAGAACGUCAACUCCUUUAUACUAUCUUCUUUCAUUGCUGGCUUCAUGAUUAGUGGUCCGCUAUCGGUAAUGAGAAUCGUUUAUGCGGAACAAGAUGAAUCCGGCACUUCUUUUACAUUACGUGAAAAUGUAUUCGUUACGCAAACUGCGAUAUGGAGAACAUAUAUUUGGAUAAUGGAGAUCGUAGUACGAAUUUUCCCGUCGGUCGUAUUCAUUGUACUGAAUAGUCUAGUCAUUAAGAGGUUUCUGCAGCUGAAUGUGCAAAACCGACAAUUCCAUGCCGUUUCAAAUAAAUUUCGGACCAACAAGACGCCUGACACGUCAUUAUUAUCUCGCAAUCGAGGAUACAAAGAGGAGCAACAUUUGGCGAUAUUGACGACAACAAUGAUUCUAUGCUUUUUUUUGACGGAAGUUCCGCCAAGUCUUACCCCUAUACUGUAUACCGAUCGUCAUCCAUUGGACCUUCGUUACCAAACGUUCCGCGUGUAUUCGACGAUUGUCGAACUCAGCAAUUAUGCCAUUUACAUUCUCAUAUAUCUCGCCUGCAGUACAGAAUUUCGAAGAGAAUUGCUGAGAUUUCUACAAGGAAAAUGUAACGAAAACGUAGGGCAAGACGUUGAUCAGCCAAUAGGCGAGAUCGAGGAUUACAGUCGGCAUGGCACUACUAUUCGAUUGACACCGGAGCGUACGAAAUUGAAUUCCCCCGAGUCGCCGACCAAAGAAAUUAGAAUGGAAGAAGACGCACAUCCGUCGGAGGCUACUACUUUUAUGUUAGAACACCGUGCUGUCACAUAAUUAUACGUUGCGCGCUAAGGUCAA